UAAAUAAAUCUAUUUGUUGUGUGAAUCAACUCGACUGCUACGUUCAACAAGUCUGUCAAACUGUAUCUAUAAUAUAAUGACAAUCAAUAUGAAAUACAUAUGUAAUGAAGUUGUAAACAAGUUGUAGAACGUUCUUAUAUAAAUAAGAAGCCAGUGAAAAUAAGCUUAAAGUUUGAUUAAUAAAGGUCCCUGAAGAACGUUCAUCUAAAACAAAUUGACAUAAAAUAAAAACUGUUUAAAGGAGUUUUCAAAGUUAAACUUUUAUAAUAGAGAUGGAUUGAAUUCGUGAAAUGAGAGUCUUAGCUGAAAACCUGACAAUUGUUUGAUUUGCUGAAUAACUUUGUUCCGUAUAUAAGAAUACGUUUUUGCUUUUUAAUCGUUUAAAUUUUUUACAAACUGCAACUUUCCCUUCCAGUUCUUCUUGGCAAUCUGGAUCAUGCCUCACACGAAGGGACAAGUGAAUCCGACAUUGCAACUUGGAGAUGAAUUUACAGAAGUUAACUUGGAAGGUGCUAGUAAGAACAACGUGUUACGAGGCAAAUCUGAUAAUAACAACAACAACAAAAAUGACAACAACUGUAACGACAAUAGUGACAACAUUAAGCAAAAGCUUAGCAAAACUCUUCCACAGAACCUUAACAAGCCAAAUGAAAGCAAGAAAAACAGGGGGGGUAAAGAGAAGAAAGAUGUGGAAAGCUUAAAAAAGGAGAUGGAGAUGGAUGAGCAUAAGAUACCAUUGAAUGAACUGUUGGAGAGACUUGAAACGGAUGUUGCAAAAGGCCUGACGGAAUCAGAAGCGCACAAACGGUACUUGAGGGACGGACCGAAUGCACUGACGCCCCCCAAAGGAAAAUCUGCGUUUGUAAAGUUUCUGGAGACGAUGUUCGGAGGGUUUGCCCUGCUGCUGUGGAUCGGGGCCGCCCUCUGCUUCAUCGCUUACGGCAUCCAAUUCUCAUACAACAGCACGCCGCCCAAGGACAAUCUCUACCUGGCUCUUGUCCUGGUCGGUGUCGUCGUCAUCACUGGCUCAUUCUCAUACUUUCAAGAAUUCUCAAGCUCCAAAAUCAUGGACUCGUUCAAAAAUCUCAUCCCUCAGUACGCUCUGGUUGUCCGGGAUGGCAAACAGAUAAACAUCGAGGCAGAAAAGUUGGUCCUUGGAGAUGUGGUGGACAUCAAGUUUGGCGAUCGAGUGCCAGCCGACGUUCGCAUUAUCCAGUCUUCUUCCUGCAAGGUGGACAACUCUUCAUUGACUGGAGAGUCGGAGCCGCAGGGUAGGAACACAGAGUUCACGCACGAAAAUCCACUUGAAACCAAAAAUUUGGCAUUCUUCUCGACGAAUGUUGUCGAAGGCACGGCACGAGGUAUAGUAAUACGAAUCGCGGAUGAGACGGUGAUGGGCAGGAUAGCCAACUUAACAUCGGGACUCGGUGACUCCGAGACAACAUUGAGCAAGGAGAUGGCUUACUUCGUGCACCUCAUCAUCGCCAUUGCAGUGACAGUCGCUCUCAUCUUCUUCAUCAUCGCUCUCAGUUUCGGAUACAAUUGGUUGAAUGCCAUUGGAUUCCUCAUCGGCAUCAUUGUGGCCAAUGUUCCCGAAGGAUUGCUGUCUACUGUCUGUGUAAUGUUAACAUUGACGGCCAAGAGGAUGGCAGUAAAAAAUUGCCUGGUGAAGAACUUGGAAUGCGUUGAAACGUUGGGAUCGUGUUCAGCAAUUUGUAGUGAUAAGACAGGGACGUUAACGCAGAAUCGUAUGACAGUAGCUCACAUGUGGUUCGACAACAACAUUUUCGAAGCUGAUGUUACUGAGAGGCAGGAUGGCGCCCUUUACACUCAGGACAUGCCUACGUGGGUGGCCCUGUCACGAGUAGCCAUGCUUUGCAACAGAGCGGAGUUCAAAAAGGGGCAAGAAACAGUGUCUAUACUGAGAAGAGAGUGCAAUGGUGAUGCGUCAGAGUCUGCACUCCUGAAAUGUUGCGAGCUAUCGAUUGGGAAUGUCAGCCAGUUCAGGGCACAGAACAAAAAAGUUGCGGAAAUACCUUUCAAUUCAACAAACAAGUAUCAGAUUUCCAUCCACGAAGUCCUGAUAAACAACGAAUCAAACAACGUGAUGUUAAUGAAGGGAGCUCCGGAGAGGAUAUGGGAACGAUGUUCCACUCUUCUUUAUAAGGGGAACGACCUUCCGAUCAACGAAGAACUUCAAAAGGCAUUUCAACUGGCAUAUGACGAGUUAGGAGGACUCGGUGAAAGAGUUUUGGGAUUCGCUCACUACAUUCUUCCGAAAGAUGAAUAUCCAAUUGGUUUUAGUUUCGAUACCGACAGUCCAAACUUUCCAUUGCAAGGGUUAUGCUUUGUGGGUUUGAUGGCCAUGAUAGAUCCACCGAGGUCCAGUGUCCCUGACGCCGUCCUCAAAUGCAGACAAGCUGGAAUCAAGGUGAUAAUGGUGACUGGCGACCAUCCAAUCACGGCAAAAGCCAUUGCACAAAUGGUGGGCAUCAUUUCUCAGGGUAACGAAACAGUGGAAGACAUUGCAAAGAGAAGGGGCGUUCCAGUUGACCAAGUGAACCCAAGAACUGCUAAGGCAUGUGUAGUUCACGGAGGUCAAUUGAAGGAAAUGUCAAAUGAAAUGUUGGAUGACAUCCUCAUGAACCACACGGAAAUUGUCUUUGCACGCACAUCCCCGCAACAGAAGUUGAUAAUUGUUGAAGGCUGUCAGAGGUUGGGCCACAUUGUGGCUGUCACAGGGGACGGUGUCAAUGAUUCACCCGCUCUUAAGAAGGCAAAUAUCGGAAUAGCCAUGGGCAUAACAGGAAGUGACGUCAGCAAACAAGCAGCCAACAUGGUUCUCCUUGACGACAACUUCGCUUCCAUAGUAACAGGGAUAGAAGAGGGAAGAUUGAUAUUUGAUAAUUUAAAGAAAACAAUUUCAUACACGUUGACUCACAUGGUUCCUGAAAUGGUUCCUUUCUUGAUGUACAUCGUUCUAAGUAUACCUUUAGGACUAGGAACCAUCACGAUCCUCUUCAUCGAUCUGGGCACAGACAUCAUCCCCGCCAUCACGUUGGCCUACGAGAAACCUGAGAAUGACAUCAUGCUGAGAGCACCGCGAAACCUCAAUGACAAACUUGUCAACGAUGUAUUGAUAAGUGUGGCAGGACUUGAGAAUGGCAUCGUUGAAGCACUUGGAUGCAUGUUCGCCUGGUUUGUUCUCUACGCACAGAGUGGCUUCCAUCCAAGUCUCGUGGUCGGAGCACGAGCUGAGUGGGAAAAUCCAGCCAACAACAAUUUCGUUGACUCCUAUGGACAGGAAUGGACGUACGCCCAGCGUUGCAUCCUGCAGUACACCGGAUAUUCUGUCUAUUUCAUGUCAAUCGUCAUUGGCCAGAUGUUCAACUUGAUGGUUUGCAAAACCAGAAGAAACUCAUUGUUUCAGCAGGGCAUGGUUAACAAACAGCUGAUUAUCGGAUUGUACUUGGAGAUAGGGCUUUGCUUGUUCCUCUGUUAUUGUCCCGGUCUGCAGGAGGCACUGGCUUUCUACCCAAUUCACUGGUCUUGGUGGAUAUGUCCGAUGCCAUUUGCUCUUUUCAUGAUGUACUAUAGCGAGAUCAGGAAACUCGUCGCCAAAUUCGCUCCCGGAGGAUUUGUCGAUCAGGAGCUGAUUAUAUGAUGCUUCGAAAGCAUGCACGCAGCCAACUUGUUAUUUGAAUCACAUUUCCAACUCUGCUCGGUGCAUGCACGAAACUCUACUACUUUUCGUUGCAAGACCAAUUCAUAAAGGAAAUGUUCGUUUCAUGAACAAGUGACGCUAGGACGAUGUCUAAUUUACUAAAUUUUUUAAUAGCAUACACUACAAAUCUUAAUUUAUUUUUUGUCAUAUUUCCGGAUAUACAUUAUUUAAUCAUAUACGAUUUUUACACACUUUCCCAAAUUUUAUUUACAUGGUUUUUAUCGAUGAAUGAAUGAUGAUUAAGUAUUGUGAAUUUUACUGUGUGAAUUUUAAACGCGAACCUAUGUAUUUUAUUCAUAUAUUAUAUAGAACAUCAAUUCUAUUUCCUACAUUUUAAAGAAUAACUUUUUACUUUACAGCACUGACUGACUCCACUUGAUGUAUGAAAAUUGAUUGUAGUGGACCAAUAAAAAUUAUCUCUAUUUUAUUA